AUGGCGACAAACGGAACUAAAAGCACGGAUGGACAAGUUGUGACAGAACUUAACGAGGUAUCUACAAAUGACAAACCAAAACCAGCAGAGGAGAAGAAACCCGAGAAGAACAAAAAAGAUAUUCCCGACAGGGAAACGUGGAGAGGAAAAUUUGAUUUCCUACUGUCGUGUGUUGGUUAUGCCAUUGGACUAGGCAACGUUUGGAGAUUUCCUUAUCUCUGUGGGAAAAACGGCGGAGGGGCCUUCUUGAUUCCUUAUUUUUUGACUCUCAUAUUUGCCGGAGUACCUUUGUUUCUGCUCGAAACCGCUCUUGGUCAGUACACGUCUAUCGGUGGCCUCGGUGUAUGGAAACUAGCCCCAAUGUUCAAAGGAGUUGGGCUAGCAGCAGCUGUCCUGUCCUUCUGGCUCAACAUCUACUACAUUGUAAUCAUUGCUUGGGCCCUGUACUACCUUUACAACUCUUUCACAGCUGAGCUACCAUGGAAAAGCUGUAACAACCCAUGGAAUACAGACAGAUGUUAUUCAAACUACAGUAUUGUAGAUACCAGUAAUCUCACCAGUGCAGUCAUGGAGUUUUGGGAACGUAACAUGCAUCAAAUGACAGAUGGUUUGGAAAAACCAGGUCAAAUACGAGUGCCACUUGCAAUAACAUUGGCCGUUGCUUGGGUUCUUGUGUACUUCUGUAUCUGGAAAGGUGUCAGCUGGACUGGAAAGGUUGUUUACUUCUCUGCCACAUACCCUUAUUGCAUGCUGUUUAUUCUGUUCAUCCGUGGGGUCACUCUUCCUGGGGCGAGAGAAGGCAUUUUGUUUUAUAUCACACCUGAUUUCGAGAAGCUGAAGGAGUCUGAGGUGUGGCUGGACGCUGCCACUCAAAUCUUCUUCUCGUAUGGUUUAGGUCUGGGGUCCCUGAUAGCACUGGGAAGCUACAACCCAUUCAAUAACAAUGUUUACAGAGACUCGAUUAUUGUUUGCUGCAUCAACUCUUUCACCAGCAUGUUUGCUGGAUUUGUUAUCUUUUCCAUUGUUGGCUUUAUGGCACAUGUGACCAAGAAGCCAAUCGCUGAUGUGGCUGCAUCAGGUCCUGGUUUGGCCUUCCUCGCCUACCCUGAAGCUGUGACACAGUUACCCAUCUCCCCUCUUUGGGCUAUUCUCUUCUUCUCCAUGUUGCUAAUGCUGGGGAUUGAUAGUCAGUUCUGUACUGUGGAGGGCUUUAUCACUGCCCUGGUGGACGAGUUUCCCAGGGUACUGAGGAGGCGGAGAGAGAUAUUCAUUGCUGCUGUGUGUGUUGUGUCGUACAUCAUUGGCCUGUCCAACAUCACACAGGGUGGCCUCUAUGUCUUCAAACUCUUUGACUAUUACUCUGCCAGUGGAAUGUGUCUGCUCUUCCUGGUGUUCUUUGAGUGUAUUUCCAUCUCCUGGUGCUAUGGAGUGAACAAAUUUUAUGAUAACAUUGAGGAGAUGAUUGGCUAUAAGCCAUGCAUAUGGUGGAAACUGUGCUGGGUUUUCUUCACUCCACUGAUUGUGGCUGGCGUGUUCCUAUUCAGUGCAGUUCAAAUGGUUCCCCUCACCAUGAACAACUAUGUGUUUCCAGCAUGGGGUCAGGGGGUAGGCUGGCUUAUGGCCUUGUCCUCCAUGGUCCUGAUACCUGGAUACAUGGGUUACAUGUUUCUCAAUCUGAAAGGGACGUAUAAGGAGCGAAUCAGGAUAAUGCUCCAACCUCCAGCUGUGGUAAAAGCCCAGGAGAAUGGACCUGAGCAGCAGCCAGAGAACCCAAACCCUGCAAACGAGGAGGCAAAUGUCUAA